GAUUGGCAGAAAUCAGACGAGCAAAAACCAAAACAUCACAUGAACCCAAACCCACGCACAGUUUUUUCUACUUGAAUCGGAUGGUCAUGGCCCUUCCUAAUCUCGGCUCCUUCUCCAACCCAACCGCCACCGCCACCGCUUCUGCCGCCGCAACGCCGUCCACAUCCAACCCGUUGUCGCCUAGCGAUGACCCGUCGAAAAAAAUUCGAAAACCCUACACUAUUACCAAGUCGCGGGAAAGCUGGACCGAACCCGAGCACGAUAAGUUCCUUGAAGCCCUUCAGCUCUUUGACCGUGACUGGAAGAAGAUUGAAGCAUUUGUCGGAUCAAAAACUGUUAUUCAGAUACGUAGCCAUGCUCAAAAAUAUUUUCUGAAAGUCCAGAAGAGUGGAACCAAUGAACAUCUUCCUCCUCCUCGACCAAAAAGAAAAGCUGCUCAUCCCUACCCACAGAAAGCCACAAAAAGUGCUCCAGCUGUCUCACAGGCGUCUACAUCUUUUCAAGCUUCCCUUCCAUUACCGGAACCUGGGUUUGUAAAAAGGCCUGAUUCUUCUUUGCUACCUAGCUAUCCAGCUACUGUUGUGUCUGUGCCGUCAUGGACUGACAACUCUGUGCCACCAGUUAGUUUGUCGCAAAUGAAAGAUAACGUGAGAGAAACAGGUCAGCCAAUCACCAAUAACUGUUGUUGCAGUAGUAAUGAAAGCACUCCAAGAUCAAAAUCAACAGUUAAGGCGAUGGAGCGGACUCAAGGACCCUCAAUGAGAGUUUUGCCUGACUUUGCUCAAGUAUACAAUUUCAUCGGCAGUGUAUUUGACCCUGCUGUUACUGAACACUUGCAAAAAUUGAAAAAAAUGGAUCGUAUUGAUGUCGAGACGGUGUUGUUGCUGAUGAGAAACCUCUCUAUCAACCUUACGAGCCCUGAUUUUGAGCAUGAUAGGCAGCUGCUUUUAUCUUAUGAUAUAGAAAUGGAGAAGCUGAGCAAAUAAAAUCAUCAAUGAAACUUUAAAGUGCUGCUCAGUUCGGAUACUGCAGAACCGAGCACUCUUCGCAUACCGUUCCCAUUAUUCUUUGCUCGAGAGUAUUAUUGUUGGGAGGAAAGCCAUAACAGAACUGCCGGGAACAAUCGGCGAGUGGAGAACCCACAUGUAAUAAUACCAGAUACCAGAAGCGUGUGGUUUGUUUGAUAGCCGCUGCUAUGUCAGAUUCAGAGUUCUCUUGCCUGUGGAGUUCAUAUUUGUGUAUAUACUGUAAGAUAUAAACAGAGAUUAUAGUUGUGAUGCAGGAACUUAGAGAUAUAAAGCUGGGUUUAUGUAAAUUCAAGUUUUGACUGACUCCAGCCUCUGCAGUAUUGGUAAAUUCUUCAUGCCAAAUUCAACCAAUGAGAUCGUUGCUUUUCA